AUAGCAUCGCGUGUGUGAGUGCGUUUUUGUGCGUGCGUGUUGGAAGGGAGGGAGGAGACUCAGCCCCUAAGGAGAAAGCAUUGUGCGCUCGCUCCCUUAUUGUCAGUUUUUGCCCCCCCCCUCCCUCUUCCUUCCUUCCAGACACCUUUCCCGAUCCGGGAUUAGCAGAGCUCUUUUUAUCGCUCUCCUCGCCGAAGCGCUCCCACAUGGAGACAUCCCCUUUUUGUCACCUUCACUGCUACUGACAAACCGCUGAGGUGCUGCGUGAAAGUUUCUGCAGAAAAAGGAGCUUUACGACUUUUUCUUUGACUUGAUUAAAAAAAAAAAAAAAAAAAAAAAAAAAAAACAACGACCACUGUGUAGUCCUCAGCGGACUCCAGGCAUCGACAUGGCAAUGUUGCUGUUGCUUUUGCAGUAUUAUUUGCUGUCGAGUUUUGUGUGCAACGCGAUCGCUUUCGUGGAGGAACCCGCUGGAGGGAGAGCGGACGGGUACUGCGGGCGGAUCUUACGGGCACAGACCCAGGGGACCCGGCGUGAUGGGCACCAUGAGUUCCGUCUCAGAAUGGAAGGGGAUCCAGAAGCCUACCAGCCUGGCACCACUUACAGAGUGAUCCUCUUGGCAACCAGCCCUGCAUAUUUCAGAGGUUUUACCCUCAUUGCACUGAAGGAGGGCCGGGAGGGUACCACAGAUGACGACUACACCGGCCAGUUCCAGAUCAUUGAUGAAGAGGACACACAAUUCAUGACCAACUGUCCCCCUGCAGUGACGGAGAGCACACCUCGCAGACGCACCAGGAUACAAGUUUUUUGGACGGCGCCACCUACCGGAACUGGUUGUGUCAUACUCAAAGCAAGCAUUGUCCAGAAGAAAAUCAUCUAUUUCCAAGAUGAGGGCUCUCUUACCAUCCGGCUAUGUGAGAAAGAACGUGUAUUUGGGGAGGCAACAGCAGACCCUGCCUUGGAGUGUUGUGCCUGUGGGACAGCCAAAUAUAGACUCACCUUCUAUGGAAACUGGUCAGAGAAAGUGCAUCCCAAAGACUAUCCCAGACGCGCCAACCACUGGUCUGCACUGAUUGGUGCAUCCCAUUCCAGAGGUUAUGUGCUCUGGGAGUAUGGAGGUUAUGCCAGUGAGGGGGUGCGACAAGUUGCUGAGUUUGGCUCCCCCAUCAAAAUGGAAGAAGAGAUUCGACAGAAGGGUGAUGAAGUUCUGACUGUCAUUAAAACCAAAGCUCAGUGGCCAGCGUGGCAGCCGCUCAACCUGCGAUCUGCUCCAUCUGCUGAAUUCUCUGUUGACCAGACCCGCCACCUGAUGUCUUUCCUCACUAUGCUCGGGCCAAGUCCUGACUGGAAUGUGGGGCUGUCGGGAGAGGACCUAUGUACCAAGGAGUGUGGCUGGGUCCAGCGGCUGGUGACAGACCUUAUUCCCUGGGAUGCCGGCACUGAUGGUGGUAUCACAUAUGAAUCGCCAAACAAGCCCAUCAUUCCCCAAGAGAAAAUUCGACCUUUAACUAGUUUGGAUCACCCUCAGAGCCCCUUCUAUGACCCUGAGGGCGGGGCGAUUACCCCUGUGGCCAAGGUCGUGGUGGAGCGUAUCGCCAGGAAGGGGGAGCAGUGCAAUGUGGUGCCAGACAGCAUUGAUGACAUUGUAGCAGACAUUGGUCAGGAGGAAACGGAGAAAGAUGACACCCCUGAGACUUGUAUCUACUCUGCUUGGUCUCCCUGGUCGGCCUGCAGCAGUGCAUCAUGUGAAAAGGGCCGACGGAUGAGGCAGAGGAUGCUCAAGGCCCAGCUCGACCGCAGCGUUCCAUGUCCCCACACUCAAGAUUUCCAGCCCUGCAUGGGCCCUGGAUGCAGUAUGCAAGAGCCAUCGACAUGCAUGAUGUCCGAGUGGAUAAGCUGGUCGGCCUGCAGCGUUUCCUGUGGGAUGGGAAUGAGGUCCAGAGAGCGUUAUAUCAAACAGUACCCAGAGGAUGGAUCGCUCUGCCAACUCAACACAGAGGAGAUAGAGAAGUGUGUCGUCAAUGAAGAAUGCUCAGCCAGCAGCUGUGUGGUUACUGAAUGGGCUGAAUGGGAUCCAUGCAGUGUGUCUUGUGGGAUGGGCAUGAGAAGACGGGAGCGCAUGGUUAAAAUGCCUCCUAUUGAUGGAUCAAUGUGUAAAACGGAGGUGGUCGAAGUUGACAAAUGCAUGAUGCCAGAAUGCUAUACCAUCCCAUGUAUGUUGUCACCGUGGUCUGACUGGAGCGAAUGUAGCGUUUCGUGUGGGCGUGGCCUACGCACCCGUCAGAGGAUGCUGAAGUCGGAUCCGGCAGAGUGCACUGAAGAGUUGGAACAGACGGAGAAGUGCAUGUUGCCAGAGUGUCCUAUUGACUGCAUGGUCACAGAGUGGUCUGAGUGGUCCGAAUGCAACAAGUCCUGCGGUAAAGGACACACCAUCCGAACCCGCAUGGUAAAACUGGAGCCACAGUUCGGGGGUAGCGCAUGUCCCGAGACCAUUCAGCGCAAGAAAUGCAAGAUUCGUAAGUGUCGAUCAAAACCAAAGGAGGAGAGAGAUGAAGGCAAGAGGAGAAGACGGGGUAAACAGGGAAGAGAUACGGUGUUAGAAGAACAGUCAGGUUGUGAGAUACAGCCAUGGACUGGCUGGACAGACUGCACCAAAUCAUGUGGAGGGGGCAUCCAGGAGCGUUUCAUGUUGAAGAAGAAAAGAGCUAAAGGCACUCUGACAGGCAGCUGCAAGGACCGAAAAGAGAUACGCGCCUGUAAUGUUGAUCCCUGCUAGAGGGCGCUGUUUUGCUGUACAGCAAAGUAGAAAGAGAAAUGUGUGCUUCUAUGCUGUCUUUGUCUAUGUUUAAAAAAAAGGAUUUGGAAGAAUGUUGUGUGCACAGUGCAGAGAAGGGUUAUGGUGACUCCAGAGAAAAGCUGAGGGGAAGCCUGUGUGCACCUUGAGGGCUGAUUUUAUUUUGUUUCCUUUUAUACUUUAUAGCACUACAGAAUUAUUAAAGAGUACUAGCACUGUAGCUUUACUGUAUUUUGAGUGUUUUGGAAUCUGGGGCAUGAAAUGGAGCUGCGUAUCAGAAUUUGGGAUCAUAAUGACUUAGAACAGUUUUCAACAAGAUUGACACCACACGGAGUCUGUAAAGACUAAAACAUGACUGUUUAUCUGCUAUUUAACCAACAUUUAUGAGUUACAAAUGUAUUAAGAAAUUCUACUUUAUACAUACUGUUAGUCAUAUAUUUGCCACUGCUGUUUUAUCUGUCAUAUCAACUGAUGUAGCAUUGAAACUGCAACAUUUUUCUCUGACUUAAUUGCAUGUAGUUUAUUUUUUAUUUUUUGCUCCGUUAGCAAGAAUCCAAGUAUAAUCCAUAGCUAAAUCUGCCUUCAUCAGUCGGUGAAAUGACAGGCAACACCUCAAAAGUGUCACAAUAUAUACAGCACAUUGUUUGGUUGUCAAUUUAAUUGCAAUUUGUUUUGGCCUUAAGUAGGCUUUGAUUUAUAGAGUGCUUCUUUAUUGUGAUGCCGCAGACUAUUAACAUUCAGUGUUUUGUAUCAUCACCUAGGAUAUUGUUAUCCUUUUCCUGUUUUGAUAAAUAUAACUAUCAAAGCUCUUGUGACUGCAGGCAUUUUGUGGAGGAUUUGCAAGUUAUCACACUUUUUGUUGGAUUUCAAGCUGCUUUCUUGCUUUUUCUGACUCUUUUGUAAGAAACCACAUUUACAAUUAAAAACAAAAGUAAAUGUCCCAAAUUGCAUAUUA